CGAGAGAUACUUUAGAAAUCGGCGAAGAUGUCACUGAAAACACUACCCCUGCUUUUCAUCAAUCUUGGUGGAGAGAUGAUGUAUAUAUUAGAUCAAAGACUGCGCGCUCAGAACAUCCCAAGUGAAAAAGCAAAGAAAGUGCUGAACGACAUCGUACAGACAAUGUUCAACAAGCGCUUCAUGGAGGAGCUGUUCAAGGCACAGACGUUGUACUCCAAGAAGGCCAUGAGGACGGUGUUCGACAGACUGGCUCAUGCUUCCAUCAUGAGGCUCAAUGCCGCCAGCAUGGACAAGCUGUAUGACCUGAUGACAAUGGCCUUCAAGUACCAAAUCUCCCUGUGUCUCCGUCCCAAGGAAAUCCUACUCAUCACCUUCAACCACAUGGACGCUGUCCGCAACUACGUGGAUGGAGAUGCCAAUGUCCGACAGCAGGUGGAGCAUGUAUACAGAAUGCUGAUUGAGACCUAUGCACCAAUGUCUGCUGGAGAGUUUCACCUGGUGAGACAGACACUCCUCAAUUUCUUCCAAGACAUGCACAUAAGGGUUUCUAUAUUUCUCAAAGACAAAGUACAGAGUAACAAUGGACGCUUUGUGCUGCCGACAUCUGGACAACUCCCCUGGGGCACAGAGGUGCCCGGCACUAUACGAUCCUUCAGUGAAGACGGCAAGGAGAGCAGCAGCUCCUUCCCCUGCAACAGCUACUCCGUGGCCGUAAAGGAGGGGUCAUAUGACAUCAAAGGGGACAGGGUCACUAAGCUGGGCUGCAACAUGUACUCUGUGGCCAGGCCAGUGGAGUUGACCAGUAGUUCUGCACACAGUGGCUCCACAGUGUCCGAUAUUGACUCGGCCACCCCGAACCCACUUGCAAAGGCUCACCUGGACCUUCUGUCACAACUCAUUGGCACCAAUGUCACGAAAAAAUCUGAAUUCCGUCUGAAUCUGUUCCACACAGAUGAAGAGGAGGAACAAGCAGCAGCAAUACGACCAAUAGAGACGGCAGAAUCCAAGGUGGUUAAGAUAGAUGCAUCUAAGAAACAAAAGAAUGCACAACUCAGUAAGAUCAUGGGCGAGUUGACAGUGGAGGGAGGCUCCUCCGACCAAGGCGAUGACCUGCUGGACCUUAUGGACAGCUAAUGACGGCACGGUGUAGAUGUGAUAUUGACGAAGUGGAGAGAGGAUAUCUCAGGGCACUCAGCAUUGUGUGCAUGCAGCAAGACUGAAAGUAGACAAUUAAACAUCUUGGGUUUUUACUCCCAUCAGUGUAUGGUGCCAAUUGAAGCUAAGGUCUGAGUUUUGUAUUCUCUUGAGUCCGUCCAUGACAACAUGGGUAUAGUUUUAAUGGAUGUUUGGCACAUCAUAUCAAAAAUCAAUCACAUCAGAUUGAAAAUCAUUAUGUACGAUGUAAGGAUAUUGGAAAUUUUGUCUGUAGAUGUUUCACCUGGAAACUGAAGAUCAAUCUGAUUACUUGUAAUGCAAGACUGAAGUAUAUGAUCAAACUUGGAAUUGAUUUGUUGAUCUGUUCAAAGUAUAAAUGUUGAUAGAAUAGACGUGGAAAAGGCAUAAACUUUGAUCAUGUUGAUGGGGAAAAUUCUUUUAUUAUUGAUUUUCACAUAAUGCUACUCAAUUUUUGUUUAAGAAAAUCAACAUCUCAAACAAGUAAGAAGAAUCUAUGUUAGUACAGAUUAAAUAGUGCAUGAUGAGUUUUCACUGUGAAAGAAUGGUAUUAAUUUGUACUAAGCUGUUUGUAUAUUUUAUGUCUAGACUUUCAGAAUCUUGCCAUAAAUUGUUGAUGUUAUAAACUGGGGCGCAAACCUAUUAAUAAUAAGAUAAACAUGUUAUCUGACAAAUUUAGACAAGUGUUGUUUUUUAUUAUGUAAUUUGUUAAUGAUUGAUCUUCUUGGUCUAACUCCCAAACUUGGCAGACUUAAAGGUGUUGUUGGACUCGAAUGAAGAAACUUACAGCUUGCUUACUUCGUCUUUUUAUCAUGAAACAUUUCGUUGUAAUAACUGUAGUACAUUAAUAAUCUUUGCAGAAUAGAUUCAAGUACUGUAAGUAUAAUAUUAGUUUUCUUUUCAUCUUCAGUAAAUAUGACGUCUGGUAGUAUUAUGUUUGGUAUAUGUUGAACAUAUGAUUGGAGGAAUGACUGUCAUAGCAAUUCUGUCCACUUGUACACAAGAUUCACUUUAGUUAUGCUUUAAGAUCUCCACAAUAAGUUCUUCUUUCUAACAUAGGAGUGUUUCUCCCUUUGGGUGAUGACCACAGUUUCAUGAAUCACAUGUCAAGGAUGAUCAUGCCCAGUCUAGUGUAUGCAUUUCUGUCAGACAGUUGAACAUUAUACCACUACUUAUAUUGACAGACUUCUGUAAGACCACAUGUCUGGCUAAUCUAUAUUACCAGUGCUGUAACCAUUUUGACAAUGGUACAAAUGCACUGAAAAUUCAAUUCACCUUGAUUAUUACGAUUCUCAUCGUUUUGUUGAUACAUUAUGAUACAGCUGAAAUACUGAACAAAGCAGAUUUAACCCCCAACUCACUCACUCACUGUGAAAAGGUAUCAAAUAACAGUUACUAUAGUCUGGUCAAUUGCCCUGUCAAUCAGCUGGAACACUUGCACAGCUCUGGAGUUGCCGUCAUCACUGGUUAUGUGUGGUUUCAGCUUGCAUGAAAUGUUUGCUGUAGUUGUGUUUAAUUGCCUUACAAAUGAGAGGUUGUGUUUGUGCCUUGAGUAUAAAGUUGAUGACAUAUAGAAUAUAGUUGCUCUUGGAAUAGUGGAAUCUUUUGUUGCACUUUAUUUGUAGUUUCUGCAUCCCUCGUAACAAUCUUACCCCUUUGGCUGUCACACCAAACAGUUGAUCUUCUCAUUAUCUUCAACCACAUUAGACUAAUGAUAAAAUGCAAGAUAUUAUAAGUUGUAGCAGGAUCACGAGGGGUACAUGGAGUUUUAUUCGUCCAUGAAACUCCAUGUACCCCUUGUGAUCCUGCUACAAUGAAUUUAUCUUAUCGACAUGGUUUAAUAUGACAUGGUAAAAGAAUUCGAACAAAUUUAAAAUUGAUAGAAAACAGCUGUUUAAUUGAGCUGAGAUAAGCUUGCGCCAUGUCACGUGACUUCCAUUAACUCAGAGAAAGCAUCAGCAUCAGAAAGAAGCAUUGAUUCAUUGUCAUAAAUGCACAGGCACUUGGAAGUUGUCGAUGGGGGAUACUUAUUUAAACCAUACACAAUGGGUUUGUUUUUCAGAGAUCAAGCGGAAGUGAACAUACUUUGUUCAAACAUCAAAGAAACUUAUAUGAUAUGAGCAGGCUGCUUCAUACGCUGAAUAUCAUAUGCAUACCAUGUUUAUUUUGCAAAAUGAAUAGUGGUACAGUUCAGAUUAAGAUAUCGGUGCAUUCAAUGUUUAUAAGAUGAAAAUAAUUAUGAGUCUGACUAGAGCAAGCAUUUUCAUGUGAAUUUCUUCAUGUGUUAUAAAUGAUGUUAUAAUGGCACAGAAAAUACUGAUGUGAUAUGUUCACACAUCUAUCACUGAGGAGGGAGUACUUCUCACAAGAAAGAGUCCAGCAUAUUACUCCUGAUGAAUAAUGACUGGAAAAGUGUGUGUGUUAGUAGUGACAAAGCCGUCCAGUUAACAUCUGUCAGUUUGUCUUGUUAUACAUUUAGACAUCAGUGGAGCUUACAUCAUAUUUUUGUACCUUGUGCAUACUAUAUUGUUGAGAAGUACUUACUAGAGAAGAAUUGUGAUUAUUGUACAAAGAGCAAAUUGUACUUCAAUUGAGGGCGUUUAAUAUAUUUCUACAGUACAGGAUCGAGUUUUGUCGAUCUGUGUUCAAUAUGGACACGUAGGCAUUGUCGGACUCCAGCAGGACAUGUUUAACAGGUUACUUUAUAAACUGGGUGUAACAUUCUGUUAUGCACCUGGAUGAGGCUAUGAAAGUAUACAUAUAUUCUUUGUUCUAGGGCCCUACAGUAGCAAAAAAAUGCAUAUACAUUUUAAUUUCUACUUUUAGACAAGAAAGGGGUAAUAUUAACCUGAAAAGCACACACUUAAAACUUGAGCAGAACAUUAACUGCCUACCCAGAACCUUUCCCUGGGCAUUGCCCGAGAAACAAUUCAUUUCUAUUUAGCCUUAGAUUUAACAGAUAGACUGGAACUGGCUGUGAAAUAUCUGCAGACAUGUUUUGUCCAUGUCACACUUACCAUGUAGAAAACAGACCUGUGAGUGUUGGCUGAAGAUAGUGACCGUUUUGUUUGUGAAGUAUUAACAGUGAUAUGUCAUCUCAAGCACAUUGUGAAUAAACUGUGACUUACUG